AUGGCCCCUGCUAUGCUUGAUGGACCUGAGUUCCUUCCCAUGAAGGCUCGCACUGUGCAGCAGAGCAGCCAUCGUGAGGUUGUCGUUGAACACCCCAAUGACCUUGAGGACCAGCGUCUCAUUGGUAGCACUCGCUUCGAGCCCCGGACCGACAUCAAGAACAUCUUGAUCACCGGAGGAGCUGGCUUCAUCGGUGGCUGGGUUACCCGGCAUCUUGCUGUUCAGUACCCUGAAUACAACAUCAUCUGCUUCGACAAGCUGGAUGUCGUGGCUUCCCUUUACAACGUCCGCUGCCUGAAGUCUCGCCCCAACUUCCGCUUCGUCCAUGGCGAUCUGACCGACGAAGCUGCUGUGUCGCAGGUCAUGGAGGACUACGACAUUGACUGUGUCAUGCACUUCGCCGCCUACUCCCACGUUCAGAACUCAUUCUCAGACCCAUCCGGCUUCACCCUCAACAACGUGAUUGCCACUCAGCGACUUCUCGAUGCCGUCCGUGCCCGUCAGGGACGCGUACGCCGCUUUAUCCACGUCAGCACUGACGAGGUAUACGGCGAUGCGAAUGAGGAGUUCUUCGACGAAAACCAGCAGCUGAAGCCCACGAACCCUUACUCGGCUUCUAAGGCUGCCGCUGAGAUGUACGUCUGGGCUUACUCCCAGUCAUUCAACAUCCCGUCCGUGGUGGUGCGCAGCAACAAUGUAUACGGGCCUUGCCAGUAUCCCGAGAAGAUUAUCCCCCGCUUCUGCAUCCUCUUGGAUAACCAGCAGCCUCUUACGAUCCAGGGUUCCGGCCUUAACGUCCGCCGCUAUCUCUAUGGAGGAGAUGCCGCCGAUGCCUUCGACACGCUGCUACACAAGGGCGUCAUCGGUGAGGCCUACAACGUCCAGUCGGACUUCCCCGUCACAAACCUCGAGGUUGCCGUCCGCACUCUGGAGCUCUUCGGCUACAGCCCGAAGCGCGACUUCGGACGCUGCCUCUCCUGGAUUGCCGACCGUCCCUUCAACGACACCGACUACCGGGUCGACGGCUCCAAGCUUUUGAACCUUGGAUGGCGCCAGCGCGUCUCCUUCCCCGAGGGUUUGACUGCCACGGUUAACUGGUACCGCAAGAACAUGCACGCUUGGUGGCCACAGAUUAACAAGACGGUCAACCUGGCCUCCCAGGAGAUGGCCAAAGGCCGCCUCGGCAACGGAAUCAAUGAUGAUGCCCAGGAGGACUCGGAUAUUCAGAUCUCCGGUGCUAGCACUCCCGUUGUGAUCGACUGCUAG